CAUUUUUGUAAGAAAUUUCGAAAAGUCAUCCAUCAGAAGCAAAUGCCACCAAAAAAGCAACAAACUAAGAACGAUAAAAAGAAAAAGGAGAAGGCCGUUGAAGAUAAGACCUUUGGUAUGAAAAAUAAGAAUAAAUCUGCCAAGGUUCAACGUUACAUUCAGCAAAUCAGUAAUCAGGCCAAAAAUAAUGCUGCUAAAACUAAAACAACUGCUGCCGAAAAGAAAGCACUUGAGCAAAAGAAAAGAGAAGAAUUUGCUGAACUCUUUAAACCUGUCCAAGCACCUCAAAAGGUGCCAUUUGGUGUUGAUCCCAAGACUGUUCUUUGUCAAUACUUCAAGGCUGGACACUGUGAAAGAGGUGCCAAGUGUAAAUUCUCUCACGAUUUGAAUAUAGGUCGUAAAGUGGAGAAGAAAGAUUUGUAUACUGAUGAUAGAGUUAAUGAUACAAUGGAUAAAUGGGAUCAACAAAAACUUGAAGAAGUCGUUAAAAGUAAAUCAGGAAAACAACCACCUACCGAUAUUGUUUGUAAGUACUUCUUGGAAGCUAUUGAAACUAGUAAAUAUGGUUGGUUUUGGGAAUGCCCUAAUGGUGGCUCAAGCUGUAAAUACAGACAUGCUCUUCCUCCUGGUUUUGUUCUUAAAUCCAAGGCCGCAAAGGCUGAAGAAAAGGAAGAAAUUUCACUUGAAGAAUUUUUGGAAAGUGAGCGUCAUAAACUUGGACCAAAUCUUACUCCUGUGACUCUUGAAAGUUUCAAAGAAUGGAAGAAAAAUCGUAUUCAAAAGAAGGAAGCUGAAGAAACUGCUGCCCGUAAAGCUAAGGAAACUAAACUCAAGACAGGCAGAUCCCAGGGCAUGUCUGGCAGAGACUUGUUUGAAUUUAAUCCUGCCCUUGCAGAGGAUAAUGAUGAUGAAGGUGAUGCUAUUGAUUUCUCACAAUAUGACCGUGAAGAAACAGAAAGAGAACGUGAACGUAUGGAAAAUGAAAAUUUUUUGAAUGAAAAGACAGCUGGAUUGUCUCUAGAAGAUAAUGUUAAUACUGUAACUGUCGCCUAAAAGAGUAAAUAUAUGAAAUAUUUACUGAGCAAUUUUGCUCAUCUCUCCCCCUAUAUAUAUAUAUACAUGUACACACAAACACAAAUAUACACACACACACACACACACAAAUACACGAAUAUAAUACAAUAAACACCUCACUUUAAAUGCG